GCCUCGCAGGCACCUCCGAAAUAGCCACAUCCCCCGCCCACUAGUACACGCAAAUACCGCUCUGGAAUACAGGCCGGAGCCAUCAAGAUGCUGCUCCUAGACUACCAGAAUGUGCUGAUAGAGUCACUCCUCAAGGAAAGGUUCUCUGGAGCUGCGCCCGUUUCAAUUGACCAGGUCGUGUCUGACUUUGACGGUGUCACUUUUCAUAUAUCGACGCCGGAGGCGAAGACGAAGAUAUUGAUAUCCAUUUCGGUCAAGUGCUUCCACGAGCUUGUGCAGUAUGGCGCGCAGGCAGUGCUUGAAAGAGAAUAUGGGCCCUACAUUGUGGCGCCAGAACAGGGCUACGAUUUCUCGGUGCAAGUAGAUCUCGAAAAUCUGCCGGCCGAGCAAGAAGCCCGCGACGACCUCAUCCGACGCAUUUCGAUCCUCAAGCGGAACGCCAUGGCCGCCCCUUUCGAGCAGGCCUUUGACGAAUUCGAAGCCCUCGAACAAGAGGCUUCUAAGUACACAACUGAAUCCGCGCCGCAAGGCGUGCUCGAGGGAGGAGAAGUGCGAGCCAUCCACUACCGCGAGGAAGAAGCCAUCUAUGUGAAGGCAGGCUACGACCGCGUGACGGUGAUUUUCAGUACCAUUUUCAAAGACGAGACGGAUCGAGUGUUCGGCAAGGUGUUUUUGCAGGAAUUUGUCGACGCUAGACGGAGAGCCAUCCAGAACGCGCCCCAGGUUCUCUUCCGCAACGAUCCGCCGCUGGAACUGCAGGGCAUUCCGGGGUUGGCGUCUGGCAAGGGCGAAAUAGGAUACAUUACGUUUGUGCUCUUCCCUCGUCACCUGACUCGCCAGCGGAGAGAGGAGGUCAUUUCGCACAUCCAGACUUUCCGCGACUACUUCCACUACCACAUCAAGGCUUCCAAGGCCUAUAUUCACUCGCGGAUGCGCAGAAGGACCGCGGACUUUCUGCAAGUCCUACGUCGUGCUCGGCCCGACACAGAGGAGAAAGCGGAGAGAAAAACGGCCAGCGGAAGAACUUUCAGGGUGCAAGGGUGAGAAGAUCAAGGGCGCUUCAAUGCACGCAGCGAGAAAACGUGCGAUUCAGUCAAUGCUGUAUGAGCGGAAGGGUUGUACUUGAACCCUCAACUACUGCUCCUCAAUCCCAGUUCCAAAGCAGAUCAAAUAUACAUCGUAACUCUUUGUG